UUAAUUGAUUAAUAUCCCACGCACAAAGGCACAAACAUUAUUUGAGUUAGAAAAAUCUUUGAAAGAGAAACUCCUUCAACAUGAACUUGGGUUCUUCCAGUAGAUUUAGAUCGAAUAUGAUAUUCAGGAGGGAGGGAUUCAAAGUCUUCACACUUAAAUAUCAUACAAAAAUCCAGGCUUCGAAGCCUUCCCCUUCAAUCACUCAUCAUCAUACCUAACGAACAAUCUGGAAACCACUUCAGAUCGAUCGGAAAAAAAUGGAACGAGCUUGUAAACACCUACAAGCAGAAGGAAGCCGAAGAAAUCGGAGUUCAUCAUGGUGGGACCUACAACCAUCAACAACAACACAAUCAAAAGUUAAUAUAAUUAUAAAAGGUAAAGAAAAUGGAAAACAAAUAUUAGAAGAAGGAUAUGCCAGCAUGGCAACAAUUGAUAAGAUGGAGCAAUAUAUAACUAAGACUAUUGAAGAAUUAAAAGAAAAUAAUAAAAGAAUAAUAGAUAUUGUUAAUGAAAAUACGAAAAAAAUAGAAAGAUUAGAAAGAACCUUAGAAGAAUAUAAGAUGAUGAAAAAAUUGAAAACACCCAAUGAAUCCAUGCCUAUAAAUCCUUUUCCCAAACUUACAAUUUCCCCUGAAACAUCCACUAGUAUGGCUGAUAAGGUAAAACAUUCAAAAAAUUUAGGAGAAGUAUAUGAAAUUAUUAAUAAAUUUUAUGGUUAUAAAACUAAUAAUACAAUAUUAAGGAGUAGAAAAGAAACAAAAUAUCCUAGAUUUAUCUGUAACGUAAAUGCUGAUCCUGAUAUAGUAUUAAGAUUAUUUACAUAUGGAUUUAUAUAUUCAAUUAUAGUAGAUGAAACUCUUAAUAAUAUUAGUAGAUUACCUCGUAUAAUUAUAGAAAGUAUAGUCACAAUGAUGGAAUCUUUUGGAAAGGGCAUAUAUGGAAUCCAAGUAUUUGAUGCUAGUACAGAUUUAGUUGGAAAACCUAUAAUAAUUUGCCAAAUGUUUAUAGUAGGAAAAAAUACUGAAAUACCAGGAGAUAAUACUAGUCUAAACAUGAAAAUACCAUGCAAAAGUGAACAAUUUCAUGAAUGGCUAUGUGAAAAAAGAGCACGUGGAAUAGUAGCAUUAAAAUCUAAAAUUAAAGAUAUGAUAAAAACUAAAAAAGCAAAUAUUAUAGCACAAGAUAAAGGAGGAGGAGAAACAGAAGAAAUUAUAACAUUAUAUUAUAAUACACAAUAUUCAACAAGUGAUAUUACAACUCUACAAGAAAUGUAUGAAAGAAUAAUAAAUUUAAAGCAUACUCAUGAUAAAAAGACUGUAGAAAAAUACAAUUCAUUGGCAAAGGGAAGUCCAAUAAUAAGUACAAAAGUUGAAUUAAAUUCAAAGAAAAGAAAAUAUUAAUCCACUCUAAAGCCACCAUGUGAACUCUUGAAAUGUAAUUAUCAUGGCGAAUGCCACACCACUAGAUGGGAAUUCAAAAAUUGCUGAUCAAAAAGAUCACACCAAUGCAUGGGAAUGCAAAGAUAUUAUCAGGCCCAAUGUAGUCUUACUACAGUAAGCCCAAAAUUAUUAUCUGUAUUAGCAGGCCCAAUGUAGUCUUUACUACAGUAAGCCCAAUAUUAUUAUCUGUAUUAACAGGCCCAAUGUAGUUUUACUACAGUAAGCCCAUUAUUAUUAUCUGUAUUAUCAGGCCCAAUGUAGUCUUACUACAGUAAGCCCAAUGUAUUAGCAGGCCCAAUGUAGUCUUUACUACAGUAAGCCCAAUAUUAUUAUCUGAUAUACCAUAUGAUGAAAGAAGAAAUUGGAAACUGAAGAGCUGGAAGAAAGCGAGAAGAAUAGGAAAUGUGAAGAUAAUCCUUGAAGAUGUCAGAAGUCAGCUGGAAGCAAUAUGAUGGAUGACAAUCAGAUAACAGAAAUUAUUAUCAAAGCAGCCCUAAAAGUUCAAAUAACAGAAAUUAUUACAAGAUUGUAUUACAAUGAGAACUCAAUCAAAUUGAUCUACAAGACAAAGUAAGAAAUAUGCUGGAAGGAAUUAAAAGGACACUUGGCAACUUGUAAGAAGAAGGUAUCUCGGUUGACAAUUCAAGCUUAUUAACAAGGACAGCGGGAAGAAAAAGAGAAGAAGAUAAAGCAAUAUGAUUUAUGGCACACAAGGUAUUGUAUUUCUUUAAAAAAAUCUAUGUAAAAAUAAAAUAAAGUAAUGUAGUCUACUAUAGUCUUUACCCUCGAGGUUAUCUAUAUAAGGAGUCUCUAUGUAACUUGUAAAAAAUCAUCAUAAUAAGCAAUCUAAAUAAAUUUCUUUGUAUC